AUGGAUUUUCAAUUUCAUCCUGUGACUGAUGAAGAUGAAGAACUUUAUAAACAACAUUCGCAAGGUAUUGAGCAAAAAGUACGUGAAGUAUUUCCGUCAAUUCCAUCUAGUUUCGUAUUGAAACCAGUAACACUUCGUAAAAUGAAUGCAUGUGCUAUGAUAUACGAUUUUAUGAUUGGCUUACCUGAUGGUACAUUUGCGAAGGUUACAUUUAGUGUCGGUGGUUUUCCAUCAGGACCAUCUGCUGUUGAAGAAGAACAAAUUUAUCGUGUUGAUGAAACGUCAUAUCCAUCUAGCUACCCGACCCUGUGGCUUCGUAAUAAACGUGUUCGUCUUUUAGUAAAUAACAAUCCAGCUGAGUUAAAUAAUCUUUUCACUGAAGUACUUGUCAUUCAAUUAGUAUAUGAUAUUCUGACUAGUACUAAUAAUAUUGGAAACUCACGACAAGCUUCACUUUGA